AUGAGCGAAUCAAAAUCAAAUCAAAAUACUGCUGUAUCAACCAAAUCAUCAGCAUCAUCAAAUAUUCGCCAACCACGGCAACGUAUGGCACAAAACUACCUUCUCAUUUGGGUAGAUGCCAGCAUCGACGAAGAAAAAAAGGAUUGCCAAGACACACUCACUCAAUUGAAGAAUGUGGUCAAUGAUGUCAGUUUAUGCACAGAACCAGAUCAGUGUAUCCAAGCACUCAACAAGGUUGACAAGCAGCAAGCCUUCGUGAUAACAUCAGGUUCAUUAGGUCAACACUUGGUUCCUGAGAUACAUGGUAUGCCACAACUAGAUACCAUUUACAUAUUUUGUGGCAACAAAUCUAGACAUGAGGGAUGGACUCAAAAUUGGCCAAAAAUCAAGGGUGUCCAUACAAACAUCAAAGACAUUUGUCAAGCAUUACAACUGGCUGUUAAGCGAUGUGACCAAGACACAAUUGCCGUAAGUUUUCUUACGGUAAAUGAAAUGGCUUCAACUGAUAAUUUAAAUCAGUUGGAGCCAACUUUUAUGUACACUCAACUAUUCAAGGAGAUUCUCCUUGAUAUCAAAUACGAUGAUAAGGCAAUCAAAGACUUAGCAGUUUGUUGCCGUGGGGUUUUUACUGAUAAUCCAAGUGAAUUAGAAGUGAUUACUGAAUUAGAACGUGAUUAUCGUCCAGAAAAAGCAAUAUGA